AUGUUCCACGCUGACCACUCGAUAGGAAUCCGACUUGUCGACCAAAACUCAUAUUGGCAGUCUGAGCUGACCAAAGAGUCGGAUCUCUACCUCCGCAGCUUUGUCAAUCCGGCCCUUAUCCCAUUACAUGCACGCUCUGGUCCCAAUCUCGAGCUACACACAUCACAUGCAGAAACGUCACAAUGGCUGCAAAGCAAGCUAGCCGGCACUAUAUGGCUGGGAGAAGAAGAGCAAGACUCGCAGCAAUCAAUACAAUGCCCGGUUGGUCUGCUUCUGGGCAUCGAUAACUCCAAAAGCAGCGCAGCAACAAACGUCUUGGUCUAUGGAGUGCUCUCACACGCAUCAUAUACUCGCCCACCAACACCACCUCAUUCUUCACCAUUCGACAUCCAACCUCAACCCACGCCACGGCCUCAAUAUGAUCUCCGUAUCUAUGCGGUGCCCCUCUCAGCCACGCGCCUCACACAGGCUCAAUCCCACCCAUCUCCACCACCAGACGGAGACAACUCGGUACGCUGUGCAGAGUUCCUGCCAGACACAAACUCGCCCAGUCCCAAGCGCAAACGAGUCGCAACACUUUUUGAAGUAGCAGCGCAGCAUCACCGCCGCGUUCGCCAGCGGGGCGGCGAAGCAGUCUCUCAGUUAAUGGCGCCUUCACGGCCAACUUCUUCACACCAACAAUCGCUCCGCGUCAAGCGGGAACCAGAUGAUGAUCUCCCCUCUCUCUCGUCCCUGGACCGCUUUUCCUCUCGUCGCUCUCGCUCUGUGUCUCUCAGUGCGAAUAUGCACAAACCUGGAAGUGUUCGCAGCCGCGCCACGCCAGCAAAUGUUGAUCCUCAAAAGCGAGCACCAACGCCGAAUCCGUUCCUCGAACGCCGCACGCAAUCUUAUGCGCAGGCUCCGUCUGGACUUUCCACUGAGAAACCUGACUCUAUGCCCGGUUCGCCAAAUAAAGAUCCUGAGGUCGUGAUCGCCGAAAACAAGAACUUGAUAACCCGCACUAUAUUAACGUGCAUGCGAUUGUAUGGGUUCCAUCGUGCCAACAUGCGCACCACCUCCGGUAGCAAGGGUGCCGAGCCCGGUGAUGGAUCUGGUGCUACGCCUACCCCUGACCUUCGUGCUGAAACGCCUGCUCCGGUGACGGAUGAUGAUGAAUUUAAGAAUACGUAUCACGCUACGUACAAAGCUGCGUCCUUUGCGCUGCGGAAAUACUUGAAGGUGCCCGGGGCUCCUGUGGUACUUGAGAAAGAGAAGGCUAUGACUUGUAUUGAUGAUUUGCUGAAGAUAUUCUGUGAGGAUCAUUGA